AAAAGCAUACAUCUAUUCCUUUGUAUAACACAACACAAAUACUCUUGUUUUUUUAAUAACCAAAAAAAUAAAAACUCUUGUUUUUUACAUCAAAGAAAUAGAAACAAUUUGCAACAAUGAGAAAGAGCUAUAUCCAACCAUCAAGCCAUAAUGGAAAGGAAGAGAGCAACAAAUUGAGAGAGAAGAGAAGCCCUUCAUCAUCAUCAUCAUCAUCAUCAUCAUCAUCAUCAUCAUCAUCAUCAUCAUCAUCAUCAUCACCACCACCACCAUCAUCAUCAUCACCAUCAUCAUCACAUGAGGUAGUGAAGAAAGAGACCAAUCAAUUAAAAAAGCUAGAGAGGAUGCCAAGUGAAGAUAUUAAUGCAAGUGCUGAUGCUUUCAUUAAGAACUUUAGGCAGCAACUCCUACUUCAAAGGCUUCAAUCCAUUGAAAAUUAUGAGAAAAUGCUUGCUAGGGGACAAUAGCUUGUCAUAUAUAUUUCUAAAUACUUAAGGAUGAUUAAUUAUGCCUUGCAUAUAAGAGGUUAUGUAUGAAUUAUUUCUAUGUAUUUUUUUUUAAUAUGUAUUUUGGUAUUUGUUGUUUCUUUUUUACCCUUAUCUUUAAUUAACUAUUCAACAUACUUCAUCAAUUUGGAUUUGCUA